CAUGGAGUGCAGAACUGCCUUGGACCCGCGUGCUUCUCCUGAUUUCUGCGGUCAUUGACGUGUCAAGCUACGGGAGUGAUGUGGCGUGACCAUCACGUAUACUGCUUGGCACGCACAGGUUGUUUCACUCUGUUUUGUGUAAGACGUAUUUCUGUCUUCUCUUCUGGGUCUCUCGGUUCAAGCGUAGCAUAUAUCUCAAGCCUUUGGUUGCCUUCCAUGUAUUUCAACGCAUUCAACGCUGUGGCACAUCCGAGUCCAUCCUGACCAAGCUUUGACCCAGCUCGGCAGCUCCACCUCCGUUGGGCCCCCGUUGGAAGAACAGCGGAACAGCAGCGCGGAAGAGCGGUGGAAGAACGACUCUGUUCAGGUUGCGUUCUUCAACAAAUGGACCUGUUGGCCGCGGCUGGAGUUCCAGGCCUUGUUGCUUCUAAAGGAUAAAGAACUAGGCUCAGAAGUUUCAGGUGUGAGGCCAUCGCUCUUGGGUUGGAGCCCAUUGCUUUUAGGUUGGAGGCCGUCGCUAGUAGGUUGGAAGAUGUUAGAAGUGUUUGUUUUUUCAGUUCGAUCACCGGGCCAGACACGAUCUCGGGGUGUGACGGCGCACGAUGUUUUCAGCUGCACGCGUUUCUACGGUUUCUACGGCGGUUUCAGCUUCGAGCCAUGAGAAUUCCAGUGCAGCAGAUGAGGAUGUUGGGAGAGCUCUCAGACCUUCGGAGAUGUCUCGUUCCUGUUCUGCUAUCCAGGGCGGAUGAGCGGAUGACGCUUGUUCGACACGCUGGGUAGUCUGAUUUUGCGAUCUAGUAGCGAUCUAGCAGCUUCUUGUUCCGUUCGUAGGGAUGGCCUCCACCAGCCGGACGCGAUGGCCUCCAAGCUCUUGAAGAACUAGCCAAUUUGAUCUACAAAGGAUGCCGUAAAUGGGCGUACGCGUACCUGCCCAUUUUUAGGAGACACCAACCAAGUAAUCAUGAUUACUUCGAUGUCCCCGACAGGAUGACCAUUUUCCGAAAGGGAAGUGUAGUAGUUCCACAUUUCGAUUGACCUCCUUCUUGGCAGAAGUUCAGUUCCAAGACAAUCGCGCCUUACAACCUCCCCAUCGCGGUUCCAUUUUUUGGUGGCUUUUGAACUCCGAAAACGCUCAUCCACAUUCGGAUCGCAGCCUCCCUUCAGCGGUUCAGCCGCAUGGUUUCGGGGUGGAUGCCUUCCGAUCCUUUCGUUGGUUUUGUAGCGAACGAAAACCGGCCGUUCACUACGACCGAUCGAUCCAUUGGAGGCCCAUCGUUCCAAUCUUCCAUUCUUUCUCCUAUAGAGCGUCGAUCCGUGAGUUCUUCUUGCCGGUUGGAACGUGUGUCGUGUGUUGAAGAUGUGACACAGGCGGAGAUGUGACCACAGUUGAAGCGUCUCCUGACACGACCAUCGGCUUCGUUCAAGAGGCAGCCGAAAGGAAUGCACACCUGCGAGUUCAAGCAACGGCUGAAACGGCCAACGUGUGUCGACUGUGACGAUGAGUUGAUCAAAAAGCUCAUCUUGGUCGAAGUGCUGAUGGGUGAAACGCAACUCACUGACGAUGACCAGACGAUCAUGCAAGCCGGACUUUCUCCAGAUGUGGUUUUGCAACAUGCUUCACAGUCCGUUCGCGGAUGAGUGCUCAAGAAAAGAGGAUGCAGGCUGUCCUUUGAGCGUGACUAGUCCAGAUGUGGAGGACUUGUGCAUGGCAAAUAUUCUGGAUGGUGUGACAGCAAUUGCAAAAGAUGCAUUCGCAAACUGCGCACUUGUCGGCCAAGUGACCAUUUCCAACUCAGUGACCAAGAUUGGAGAAGGCGCUUUUGGAGGCUGCUGUUCUUUGACCACUUUGACCAUUCCGGACUCUGUGACUGACAUUGGGCAGUACACCUUCGACAACUGCACCCUUUUAACCAGUUUGACCAUUCCCGACUCUGUCACAGACAUUGGGCCAUACUCCUUUCAUGACUGCAGCUUUUUGACCAGCUUGAUCAUUCCGAAGUUCGUUACCAAGAUUGUGCAAUACACUCACCGUUCAGAACUGCAGCUCUUUGACAAGCUUGACCAUUCCGGACUCUGUGACGGAUAUUGGGCCAUACUCCUUUCAUGGCUGCAGCUCUUUGACCAGUUUGACCAUUCCCGACUCUGUGACCGAGAUUGGAGAAGGUGCUUUUGGAGGCUGCUGCUCUUUGACCACUUUGUCCAUUCCAGAGCGUUUGGCUGCUGUUCGAGGAAUUGCCUUUAUCUGGUCUUAUUCCCAAAGCGGCUUCUUAAUGCUUUGUAUGAGAUAUCUCAGUAGUAGAUAUCUCAUAUAGACUUGAUAUUGAGAAGGCAACCUGAGAGCUGUGUGCAUGCCGGAUGGACGGUCGCGUGAAUCGGAUCUCUGACUUGCUGGUUCUUCUACCCAAACUGACUGCUGCUUAGUGAGGAAUGAGGGUGGCUGGAACUUAUUAAGGUAUUUAUCCCACACACCCAUGUCUUUGGAAUAUAUGUCCAUAUAUUGC